AUGGAAACUCCCAGCGAAACUCGGUCAGCUCCUAUCCCAUUACGAUCGGAACAAGACCACGCUUGGAUUGAGGAAAAUGGUGAACCAAACCUAGCUUCGCUUCAAGGUCUGAAGCCUACCGAUCGAGGAUGGGAUGCAUGGGUCGUGCUCAUUGCCGGGUUUGUCUUUGAAGCCUUGUUUUGGGGGUUCCCCAUGUGUUUCGGCGUCUUCCAGAAUCACUACUCGCAUAUACCAGAAUUCCAGGACGAUAGCCACAAUAUCGCCCUCAUUGGCACACUAGCCCAGGCUCUCUAUUAUCUCGGUGCUCCAUUUUCUGCGCUAGCCACGAAGCGUUUUCCAAGAUAUCAAAGGCUGCAAAUCUGGAUUGGUUGGCCCAUGUGUAUCUUGGGGUUGUUAACAGCUUCCUUUGCGUCCUCGGUCAGCGGACUUAUUGUUACGCAGGGGCUUCUCUACGGCCUCGGGUUCGUGAUCCUGACUUACCCUAUCGUCAGCAUGAUUAACGAAUGGUGGGUUGCACGAAAAGGCAUGGCAUUUGGCCUAAUAUCGGCGGCCUCAGGAGCCACUGGCGCGGCUAUGCCGUUUAUUAUCCAGACGCUCUUGGAUACUUAUGGCUAUCGAACGACUCUGAGAGCUUGUGCAGUUGCAAUGUGCAUUCUGACCGGUCCUAUCAUUCCCGUAUUUCGAGGUCGUCUCCCACCGUCUGAGCAAGCAAGUCUGGCUAGGUCUGACUGGCGGUUUUUGAAGCGACCACUUUUCUGGGUCUACGGGUUAGCCAUCUUGGUCCAAGGAUUCGGAUUCUUCUUCCCCAUUGAAUUUCUGCCAUCGUACGCGACUUCCAUUGGGCUGAAGUCUAUCAAGGGAGCUCUUCUUCUCGCUCUCAUGUCCAUCGCCCAAGUUCUAGGCCAGUUCGCUUUUGGGUACAUGUCGGACAAGAACCUAUCCGUAGGUGUCCUCGCCACGUCUUGCUGCGUGUCGGCGGCGGCAGCAUCGCUGGCCCUCUGGGGUCCCGCUGACGCCUUGUGGUCUCUCAUCGCAUACAGCCUCAUCUACGGCUUCUUUGCAUUUGCGUUCGGCACUCUGCGCGUCGCAAUGGGCAGGGAAGUCAGCGACGAUCCAUCUGCUGUCUUCGCGACCUAUGCAAUUUUUGUAUUUUUGCAGGGGGUUGGGAAUGUGCUUGUGGGCCCGAUCAGUGCCGCAUUAACGGCUUCGAAGGCGGUGUCGCGUGGGCAUUAUGGUGCCGGGAAAUACGAUGGGGUAGUCAUCCUUACAGGCACGACAUCUUUCCUUGCUGCACUCAUCAUAGUGUUCUGGAAAACCUAUGCAAAAGUGUUGGCGUUUUAG